AUGGCUGCCACGAUCAAAUUCCCAACAUUGUUAUUGUUAUUAUACAUAUUUUCAUCUUCAUUUGUAUUACAAUCAUCUUCUCAAUUCACCCCUCAAAACAUUCAAGUUUUUUAUCCAUUUCCCCUUCCUCCUCCUCCACCACCACCACUUCCACCACCGCCACCUCCAAUACUGCCGCCACCACCAACAGAUGAUACAACAGGUACACCCACACCUCCUCCUAUGCCCAUCACCACCCCUGGCCCAUCAAAGUCAUCUAACAAAACAGUUGCUACAGCAGUUGCUGCAACUGCAGCAAGUACUUUAGUUUUAUCAGGGUUGUUCUUCUUAGUGCUCGUGAGAUAUAAACGCUACAGGAAGGAUAAGGAGAAACCAGAUUUACAGGGUGGAAGUGUCGAAGGAAAUAGCCGUGACCCAGUUUUGAUGAUGAAUAGCCGUGAUCAGUUUACAAGAUUUGAAGGGGUCAAGGGGGUGAUCGUCGAUGAAGAGGGAUUGGAUGUUCUUUAUUGGAAAAACCUUGAUGAUGAUGGGAACAAAAAAGCAAUCUUUAAGAAAGAAGUCCCAAGAAUGCGUGAGAAAGAGGAAGAAAAGAAAGUAAUGAGGGUCACCCAUAGCGGAAGAAAGUCAAAGAAAUUUGAUGUUCAAAAUCAGGAAGUUCCUUUACUUAGAGGAAAAUCUUCAGGGUCUCAUGUUUGGCCACAGGGAGAUGAAAUUGAAAGUCAAAAUGUUUCUCCUCCAGUCGUAAAUCAAGAAAUCUUAAUGACGAGUCAGCUAUCAUCACGGUCUCCACCACCAACACCGCCACCUCCCCCAACACCACCUUCAACACCACCACCACCACCACCUCCACCACCAGCGCCUCCAGUUGCAUUGGAAAGAAAAAGUCAUGUGCCCCCACCAAUUUUACUACCUAAAACAGGUGUUCUGACUUCAUCAUCCAUACCAGCACCGCCGCCGCAGGUCAAACUCAAACCACUGCAUUGGGACAAAGUCAAUGCUGAUGUGGGACAUCCCACGGCAUGGGACACAUUGGAUAAGGGUUCUUUCAGAUUUAAUGGUGAUCUCAUGGAAGCACUUUUUGGAGCCGUGGCUGUAAACAAAAAAUCACCGCGGGAGAACAACAGCUCGCCAUCUCCAAGAACUGAAUUGAAAUCAGGUCCACCCUCUCAAAGAUUCAUCCUUGAUACCCGGAAAUCACAAAAUAUAGCGAUAAUUCUUCGAUCGUUAGUUGUUUCUAGACAAGAAAUCAUUGAUUGCCUCCUUGAUGGUAAAGGACUAGACAUAGAUACCCUUGAAAAACUCACUCGAAUCAGUCCAACAAUGGAAGAAGAACAACUCAUUCUCUACUAUGAUCAGGACAUUACGAGGCUAGCGGAUGCUGAAUCCUUCCUUUACCACAUCUUAAGAGCUGUUCCCUCAGCUUUCACUCGAUUCAAUGCUAUGUUUUUUAAGUUAAACUACACCUCAGAAGUAUCCCAGAUCAAGAACACUUUACAGACACUUGAAACAGCUUGUAAAGAGCUUAAAAAUCGAGGGCUUUUCGUGAAACUACUAGAAGCAAUACUAAAAGCCGGAAACCGAAUGAAUGCAGGAACUUCGAGGGGAAAUGCUCAAGCUUUUAAUCUGAAUUCACUCCUAAAGCUAUCUGAUGUUAAAAGCAGUGAUGGGAAGACAACUUUGCUUCACUUUGUUGUUGAAGAGGUCGUUCGUUUAGAAGGAAAACGUUGUAUGAUCAAUAGAAAUCACAGCUUAAGAAAUAGUACUGCUGGCUUAACCAGUGAUGCAUCUAGAGGCAAGGAUUACAUCAUGCUUGGAUUGCCUAUUGUAGGGGGGGUAAGUUCUGAGUAUUCGAAUGUCAAGAAAGCUGCCGGAAUUGACUAUGACACCUUCUCGAAAUCAUGCUCAGGGUUAAGUGAUCGUUUGACUGAAAUCAUGAAUAUUGUGGAAGAAUGCCGCAGUGAUGGUGGUGGAAGAGGUUUUGUCAGGGAAAUGGAGAAGUUUGUCGAGAGGGCACAACAGGAAAUUAAAGUUUUGAAGGAAGACAGAGAACGGGUUAUAGAACUUGUGAAGAAAACAAACGAGUAUUACCAAUCAGGGGCUUCAAAAGAUAAAGGAAAGAAGCAGUUUCAACUGUUUGUGAUAGUGAAGGCGUUUCUUGAAAUGGUUGAUAAGGCUUGUGUUGAGAUUGCUGUAAAACUGCAAAAGAAGAGAAAUGGCCGCGAAGAGGAGACGGAAAAGGUAUUGCCGAUGCCCACGUCACCAAACCGACCGUCGGUGAAGUUUCCAGUAUUGCCCCCAAAUUUCAUUAGUAGCAGUUCGAGUGAUUCGGAUGAAGACUUAUAACUUUGUAAGUAAGAAAAGGAAAAAAGUACAGAAACUAUUAUUUGUUGUGUGCAUUUGUAAUGAGGAAAUCAAAUGUAUUGAUGUUGAGUUCAUUCUUUUCAAAUUCUUAUGUAAUCAUUACUUUUCAUGGUUCAAAUGCGUUAAGUUUAAACACAAAAA